AUUAUUUCGUUACAAUGCGUAAAUCAAUGCGCUUCUCAGUUUGUAUUAUUUAUUCUUUGCUGGUUGAGCGCUAGCUAAGUUACGCUAACCCGCGCAGUGAAAGAAUACAACAGACUGACGAGAGAAUGUGAUUCAUUUUACGAAUGUGAUAUUGCCCGAAUGCUAUUAAACAUCGUAGGAACAGGCUAGGGUAGUAAACAAACACUAUGUACUUAUUGUAACUGUUUACAGAAGUAACUGGGUGGAUAUCAGAUCAAAGCUCAGAUGAUCUAUAUAACGUUAUGUUCUGUACGAACAGAUGAAGAGUAAAAUACAAAAUGUGAUUUUCUUUUAGGAUAUAGAGAAUGGCGUCUCGGGGUAAAUCAGAAACGAGUAAACUGCGACAAAACAUGGAAGAACAGCUGGACCGGUUGAUGCAACAACUGCAGGACUUAGAGGAGUGCAGAGAAGAACUGGAUGAGGAGGAGUAUGAAGAAACAAAAAAAGAGACAUUAGAGCAGUUGAGCGAGUUCAAUGAAUCACUGAAGAAGUUAAUGUCUGGAAACAUGACUUUGGUUGAUGAACUCGGGGGAAUGCAAUUGGCGAUCCAAGCUGCCAUCAGCCAGGCAUUUAAGACACCUGAAGUUAUUCGGCUGUUUGCUAAAAAGCAGCCAGGCCAGCUGAGGACAAGAAUGGCUGAGAUGGACCGUGACGUGAUGGUUGGAAAGCUUCCUCGAGAUGUGUACACUCAGCAGAAAGUGGAGAUCCUCACAGCUCUGAGAAAACUUGGCGAGAAGCUUACACCAGAAGACGAAGCUUUCCUUUCUGUGAAUGCCAGUGCUAAACUGAGUCAGUUUGAGAAGGUCACAGCUAGUUUAGGAUCUGAAGAUAAAAUUAUGGCGCUGGCCAGUUCUGGUGUUGGAAACGCCCAGACAUAAAGGUUUACUUGGGUUGUUGUGAGUUGUGGCCUAAAUGAUGUCUGUGAGUUUUACUGUCUGUACAGCGUUUUUAACAAUGGUUGCAAUUUCCUGCACAUUUUAUGGCUGAUUGUACUUAUGUGGGUACAAUGAAAAAAUGUUUACAUUGUUCUAAACACUUUUACAUUUAGGACAGCUAGAAUUAGCAUACUGUCUGCAGCCAAUAACCCCUUUGGUACAAGUAUUUGAUUGUAACUACUAUGAUUUUAAUUGUGUUUGUGAUUUUUUUAACCAGUGUGUUGUUUGUAAAUAUUUUGUAUUUGAAUAUAUUCAAUGGCUGCAUAUGAACAGCGUAGAGUGUUUAUUCCGUGAGUUUUAAUGUAUAUUUCUGAACAAUAGUAUAGGUUGUGUUUGGUUGAAAAAGUGGUCAGAAAUCUCUGCCAAAUUGACAUCAUCAGGAAUCACUUGAAUGUUAAAAUGUACAUACCACUGUGUCAAUGCGCUUUACAAUAAGGCUAAAUUCAUCAGUUAAUGUUUGUUGCAUUUAAGUUAAUGCAUUAACUACUGUUAACGCUUUGUAUUGUAAAAUUUCAUAAAAGAUUGUAUCAAGUAUACAAUAAACAGCCUGAUAACAGAGUACAUUUACUAUAACAUUAGCUGGUAUUUCUACCUGAACCAUUAGACAGCAUUGAGAAUAUUGUAAAUAGCAGAUUUAGAUGUUGUUCACUUCUUAAGCACUGGGUGGCUCUCUAAUCCCAGAAACCUUUGCUGUGGUCUUUAUCACUAUGCAUCAUUGAGCCAUCAUAAAAGAUUCCUGAGGAAAGAUCAAGGUGAAUUAAUGAUUAAAAACCUUUCACUAGUAAGAAAACAUUUACCAUUCCUUGGUAAAUCCUA